AUGUCGGCUUUUUUGCUUGAAGUGCUGUGUCACAUCUCGGAAUUGGUCAAAGGCACCGGGGCCGAAGUCUCUACAGGAAUAAUUGAGACCUUCGCAACCGCUGAAAAGCAGCUCCGCAGGUUCAAGAUCGAUAACAACGAGACUGAGCUCCUUGAAAGGACUCUUUGUGAGGGGAAAAUCAAAUGUAUCGAGGAUGAGAAUGAUUUGGAGCUGAACAAGACAAGAUACUGGACAGAGCUCUUGUUGAGGAAUUUCAGACCAAAGGCUAUUUUGGCCUAG